AUGGAGUCCAUGUCCGGAUCGGGGUCCGAUCCCGCAGCAGCGUUCGACAUCCUGCAUAUAGCUGUAUACAACGAUCAUCGCCGGACCCUGGAGCCGAGGGUGAGCUGUCUCGCUGUCAUCUCGGCCCAACUAGAGGCCCUGCAGAGGAACGACUGGCCUGAGGAGGGCGCGGGUGUGGCCACCGCCUUUGCAUUCACACUCCCAGCAAGUGCAACGGAGGCGGGGGCGCUGGACUCGACGGGUGCUGUGGCGGUCUCACGGUGGAGCGGGGAGCGAAGCUUCGUGCCCCGACCUGCCUUUGAGGAGCUGGUGCGUGCGCCACCCUUCAGCGUCCUACUAGGCUGCGACUCGUGGAAGGUGGCGUCCCCCGUGGUCUUCCCCAGCUCCCGGCACAGCGACCGAGCAGUUCAGGCCGUCCAUGUGCAGGCCGCAGGCACGGGCAGGACCCACACCUUCACCUUUUGCCUGGUCAGGGCAGGGCCGGGGUCUCACAAGGACUGUUGGAUGACGUCCCGUGUCCUGAUGGGCGAUUACGGGAACGUAUAG